AUGGCUAAAAGAACUAGAGAGCAAGAGAUCGCUGAUGAUGCUCAGUUGUCAAAAAAACCAGCCUUAUCAAAAGCUGAAAUCAUUGAAACAAUAACAAAGAAUGUGGCAGAUGCUGAAAGUGAUGAUGACCAAUUAGAGAAUGAAAGUAUUGAAGAGGAGGAAAGUGAAGAAGAUGAAGAUGAAGAAGAGGAAAGCACAAAAGAUUCAAAACCAAAGAAUAAAAGCACACUAUCAGCUCGUGAUGUUCAGCUUGCUAGAGAAGCUUCGGAAUUAUUUAUAUCAAAUGCUUUCAAGUUACAAAUUGAUGAAUUGAUUAAGGAAGUGAAGUUGAAAGAUACCAAAGUCGCAAAGAUAGAGAAGUUUUUACACAAGUUGUAUGAUUUGAUUCAGACUGUCCCAGAAUUGAAAGACCAAACUUUAGAAGAAGCUGAAUCUUGGUUUAAGAAUAAGAAAACUGCAAUCCCAUAUAAUGAUCCAAAACCUACAAAUAUCAAUUAUAAAUUCGGUUACGAGAAACCAGAAAACAUGUCAAUAGUUGGUUCAUUUGGAUUAAAGACUGCAAUUCAAUCUCCACACGGUUUACCUAUUGAUGUUAACAUUACAAUGCCAAAAGAAUUGUUUCAAGCAAAAGAUUACUUAAACUAUAGAGCUUUGCACAAACGUUCAUUUUACUUGGGUUACUUAACAGAAAAUUUGAAAACUAUAUUCAAAAGAGAAGGAUUGGAUUUCUUGAAAUUAUCAUACACUUACUUAAAUGGUGAUAUACUUACACCCGUUUUGAAGGUUCAAGCAACAAACAAAAACUUGGAAUCUGAAUACAAUUUUUUCAAGACCAAGUUUUCAAUCAAUAUACUUGUUGGUUUCCCAUUUGGAGUUUUUGAUCCAAAAAAGUUGUUACCAAACAAGAAUUGUAUUAGAGUGCAAAAGAAUGAAGAAUUAGAUUUACCUGCCACCCCAUUAUACAAUGCAUCUAUUUUGACCAUGUCUUGUCAUGAUCAUUAUUUGAAAUACCUUUACAAAGCUAAGAAAUCUGCUGAAUUCUUCAAAGAGGCCUGCAUAUUGGGUAGAUUAUGGCUAUUUCAAAGAGGAUUAGAUUCUACAAUGGAUGCUGGUGGAUUUGGCCAUUUCGAAUUCGCUGCCUUGACUGCUGCAUUAUUGAAUGGUGGUGGUUCCCAAGGUGAUAAAGUUUUAUUGCACGGUCUUUCAAGUUAUCAAUUGUUUAAAGGUGUCAUAAAAUACAUUGCCGAACAAGAUUUACAAUCGGAUGGUUAUUUACAAUUUCACUCAGAUUCAAAUGACACUUCAAAAUACGUCAAAGGUGGAUUUAAUACACCAACAAUUUUUGAUAAAACAACCAAAAUUAAUAUAUUGCACAAAGUCACAAGAAACUCAUACAAUUUAUUAGUUCAGCAUGCUAAAAAGACUUUGGCUUUAUUAAAUGAUAACAUUAAAGAUAGAUUUGAUGUUUUGUUUUUGAAAUCUUCAAAUGUUGACUUUUUAAAAUAUGAUUUUACUGUUCAGUUCAAUUUAUCACAUAAUGAUGACCCAUCAUUUGCUCCAUUUGAGAAAAUCACAUUUUUAACUUAUGAAAACUACAUUGCUAAUAAGAUUUCAAGUGCAUUGAGAUUUGGUUUAUCUGAUAGAGUGCGUGGUAUCAAUGUUACAUUCGAUAGAGUCUGGGAUUUUGACACUUCAAAACGUAAACCAUCAAGUCAAAAUGAAUUAGCUAUAAAGAUUGGUAUUCUUGUUGAUCCUCAGGAAUCUGAAAAGUUGGUUACAAGAGGACCAAGUGAUUCAGAAGAUAGUUCACAAUUCAGAAACUUUUGGGGUCCAAAAUCAUCAUUGAGAAGAUUCAAAGAUGGUGCGAUUACACAUUCUGUUAUUUGGUCAAGUGAUUACAAAGAACCAAUUGUACUUGCCAUUAUUAAAUAUAUUUUGAAGACUCAUAUUAGAGAUGAUUUAAAAAUAGAGACUAAUGUCACCAAUGUUAAUAAAUUAUUACCUUUACCAAACUUACCAUCAUCAACAAAGCAACCUGUUAUCUCUACAAACUCAUUCAAUAGUGUUUUGAGAAGUUAUGAUUCACUUUACAAAAUAUUGAUCAAAACUGAAUUACCAUUAGCCGUCAAGUCCAUUUUACCAAUAAGCCCAGCAUUAAGAUAUACAUCAUUCUUACAACCUGUUCCAUUUGCUGUUUCAAAUAAUGAUUUCUACAAUGACCUAAUUUUACAAUUUGAAACUUCAUCCAAAUGGCCUGAUGAAAUAUCUGCAUUAGAAAAAGUUAAAACUGCAUUUUUAUUGAAAAUAAGUGAAAUCUUAACUGAAGAGACUGCUUAUAAGAGUUAUUUAACAAAAGAUGAAGAUUUGAUUCCAUAUAAUUUUGAUGUUACCACAUUAAACAUUUUAAGUCCAGAAGGUUAUGGUUUCAGAUUACGUGUUUUAACUGAGAAAGAUGAAGAGUUAUAUUUGAGAGCUGUUAAAAAUGCAAGCAAAGAAAAAAAACAAGCUUUGGAAAGUAUUUAUCUUAAAUUUGCACAAAAUUACCAGGGUUUAGUUAUACAUACAAGAACCAUUUCAACAUUAGCACAUCAAUUUCAGUUUUACUCACCAACUGUUCGUUUAUUCAAGAAAUGGUUAGAUGAUCAAUUGUUAUUGAGUCAUUUGAGUGAAGAAUUAGUUGAAUUAAUUGCAUUACAACCUUUCAUUGAUCCUGCACAAUUUGAUGUUCCAGCAUCAGUGGAGAAUGGAUUUUUGAGAAUUUUACAUUUCAUUUCACAUUGGAAUUGGAAAGAAGAUCCAUUAAUUUUAGAUGUUAGCAAGAGAAUUGAUGAUGAUGAAUCGAACGUGUUAUCCAAAUUGUCAGAUAGAUUAACACUUGCAUCUUAUCAACAAAUCCAAUCAAAUUUCAAAAAAGUCCGUGGUGAAGAUCCUCAAGGUUUAAGAACUCAAUUCUUUGUUGCCACGAAAGCUGAUCCAUCAGGUAUAAUGUGGUCCAAUAAUUCAUCAUUGCCAAUUGCCACCAGAUUAACUGCCUUAUCAAAAGUUGCAAUUCAAUUAAUCAAUUCCAACGGAUUGAAUGAAAGAACUCUAAAUUUGUUAUUUACACCAUCAUUGGGUGAUUAUGAUUUCGUGGUCAAAUUGAAAACUAUUCCAUUGACAGUUUCCUCUGGUGUCUUGCCAAAUACUUCAGCCUUCAAGAAUUUAUUGAACACAAGUAAUUCAUAUCCAUCAGACAUUACAUCAAAAUUCAAUCCAAUCUUGAAACUUGUUAAAGAACUCAACUUGAAAUUUCAAGGAUCCAUCAUUUUCUCACAUCAUCAACAUACCAUCAAGGAAACAGGUGAAAACGUUAUAACAGGGUUGUUCAUACCAAACAAGUUACAAACUUCCAAGUUUAAAGUUCAAUUAGGUUAUAAUUUCGAGCCAGUUUCUAAAGAUGAGGUCAUUAUCAACAAGCAAGCAAUCUUCAAUGAAGUGUUGAACGUUGGUGGUGACUUGAUCACAGGGUUUGAUAGUAAACAUUAA